AGAAAGAGUCUAACCAAAGACGAAAGUGAUUUUCAGUGGGUUGACCGAAACAGAUAAACAUAUACCACAUAAUCUUAGAUUGAUAUCCAGAGGUAUCAGAUCAACCAGAUUUAUCAUUUCCUACACUAUAAAAAAAAAUUAACAAUUUUCUGAAUUGUGAUAAAAAAAUGUAUCGAUACAAGAAUGAAAUUCGAGAGAAAUAAAUUGGCAUUAAGUGAUAGAAAAUUAUUUAUAAAUAUAAUUUAGUUGCGAAUUGCGAAAGAAUUUAAUUUGAAUUGCAAAAAUAACGUCAGUGUAUCAUCGUAUUUUUAACAGUCUUAUUGUGUGUUUGUGUUACAAGUACUUAAUUCUAAUCAAGAUAAUUUUAUUUGUUUAGAAUAAAGUUAUCCUUAGAAACAAAUAUAAUGCAAAAUAUAAUCAUAUAAUGAACAUUGUCGACAUAGCAAGGUUAAGAGAAAGUUUUCAACUCCUAAAGAACAUGUCAAGUUUAUAUUCAGUGGCAAGCCUGUCUUCAGUAAUAUGCUUCUAAAAUUGUUAACACCAUAGAAACCACGAAGAUAUGUUUCUUAUUUACAAUUCUCUAUUUUAUUUAACGUUUAGAUAAAUAUUUUUUUCAGUCAUAUACCUUAAAAAAAUAUUUAAUCACAAUAUUGCACGACUUACGUUAUCAGAAUAUUUUUAGUUAUACUGUGAAAAAAUUAUAUUCUAACCUGAAGUUAUAAGUUUUUAAAUUUAGUCUUUCAUAAUAACGCUGAAGAUAUCAAAAAUUUUUAAAAAUUUGUUUUCAAAAUUUGAAUUUAAAAUGAAUAUAUUUUUAUUAAUAUGUAGCUUUCUGAUUAUUGGUAUAAAUUCCGAUACAUUGAAACCCGUAAUGGUUAGCGUUGUUUUUAGACAUGGACAUCGAACACCUGAUGUGAGAGCAGUUUAUCCGAAUGAUCCUCAUAAAAAUAAUACUUAUCAACCGAUAGGUUAUGGAAAUUUGACUCCGCAAGGUAAAGAUGCAGCUUUGAAACGAGGUCAAAUGCUUCGUCGUAAUUAUACUGACCUCUUAAGUGCAACAUACAAUCCGUCUGAUUUUGUUGCUCGAAGUACAAAUAAAACUAGGACAAAUUUAACAUUGGAAUAUGUCAUUGCCGGAAUGUAUUCACUUAGUUCAGUUGAACAAUUUCCUAUCAAAAAUGAUAUACAUCCCAGUGACUACUUAUAUACGGAUUACUUUAAAUGCGAAAAGUAUAAAAAUACUUAUGCCAGUGUACUGCAAUCAAACGAAUUAAAACAACAAGUACUUCAAUUUCAAGAAUUAUUUAAAAAUGUUUCUAAAUGUGCAGGCAGAGAUGUUUCUACUAAUUUAUUUCACAUUUAUUCUCUGUACGGACAUUUACAAGCGCAGGCAGCAUUAGGAUUGGAUAUACCAAAAUGUUUUAAAGAUACAUUUCCAAAUGGUGGCAUGAAAGAUGCUUCAUUCCUAACAUUAAAAUCUUUAAGUUUUACUCCAGUUCUAUCAAAAUUAAAUGGGGGACAAUUUUUAAGAAACAUUACACAGAGUAUGAUGGAUUUUGUAGAAGGCAAAGGAAAAGAGAAGAUGUACUUGUACAGUGGUCAUGAUAUUAACGUUGCUGGUUUUCUUCAUUCUCUCAAAAUAAAAUUAACUAAACUGCCUUAUUUUUGCGCUACUGUUGUAGUUGAAUUAUAUCUUCAGAACAGAGAAUACUUCGUAAGGAUUUUAUAUUACCCUGAUGAUUCAACAAACUUUGAGAUACUUAAACUGGAUAACUGCGACGAAUUGUGUCCAUUACAUGAGUUCAUUAAUUUAACUAAGGAUGCUGUUCCAACUGACGAAGACUUAAUAUGCUAAAAAAUAAUUAUUUUGCAGCUUUCAAAUUGUAAAAAAGUAUUUUAAUAUAUUAAUUUUAUUCUGAAAUUAAGAUUAAUGUACUUAGCGCCUGUUUUAAAAUUCUAACAUCAUAAAUUUUUUUGAAGCUCAAGACUUGUUUGAAGCUAAAAACUCGCAUCUAAGACUUAAGACUGAAUCCCCAAGUGUAAUGAAAGGCUUUGAAAAUUAAUUUUUAAAUGAAA